AGGGGAGUUGUUGGCAUGCCGGACACCCAUUGCAGUGCACGCCCCCCUUUCUGCUUCCACCGAGACGAGGGACAGGAAGCAGAACGGCUUCCGGGCGCCGCCAUCUUCCUCCCCCCGCAGGAAAGCCGAGGCAUGUCUUCGAGUGUCCAGGGCGCCGCUUCCUCACCGGAGCAGAAACGCUCCUUUUUCUGGUCCUGCUUCAGCUGCCGCGCCCUGAGCGGGGGGGCAUUGAUCGCCUCCUCCUUCUUCGUCUGUUCGGGGCCCCUCCGGAUUAUGAGCCACAGGAUCCCUCCCAGCAUGGGCAACAUCGCCCAGAUGACCUUCGCCAUCUGUCUCUUGUGUUGGGGUGUUACCGUGUGGGUAAACCCAGUUGGAAGCUACAAGAAAGAUGAGUGAAUAGCAGUACCCCAUUACUGGAUGCCCACCAUCUUUUUCCGGAUCUGGCAGCAGUAGCCAAUAAAAGACUAAUGGAGGGAAAUACCCUGGAUUUUUUUGUGAUGUCUGUGGCAAGCUGGUUUAUAUGCCAAGAAGACACCGUGCACCCUCUGCAGAGACUUUAGUGUAUCGUGCUUUCCCUACGACGGAGAUUGUCAGUAGAAGCUAUGAUGUAUGUCAUAGCUGGGAGGGGAGAAAAUCUGCUUCCUCCUGCAUUUAAAAAAAACACCCCUAAGCACCAUGUAUUCUAUGUAAACAUUUAACUGGAUUUGUUUUAAUUAAAUCAAGCUCUGUUUCCGCAUCAGGGGCUGUAGUUUCA